GCCCAAGGCGGAUGUAAUACGUCACACAGGUAACUUCAGGCAGCAUAGCGCUAACACGGAACUAAACUACAGCCAAUAUGGAGGCUAAAGGAGGAAUGCAAUGUAUCAAGUACUUGCUUUUCGCAUUCAACUUGGUCUUCUGGAUCACCGGCCUGGCUAUGAUAGGAGUCGGUGCGACGGUGAAGAUUGCCUUUGGUGACUACUUUGACUUCACAGGGAAUGCCUUCGCCUCUGCACCAGUAUUUCUCAUCAUUCUGGGUGUGUUUGUGUCCAUCAUCGGCUUCCUGGGCUGCUGUGGUGCCAUUAAGGAAAACUACUGCAUGGUCACCACGUUUGCAGUUCUCCUGAGUCUGAUCUUUAUACUGGAGAUCGCUGCUGGCAUUACUGGCUACGUCCUGAGGAACGAUAUUGAGAAUGUGAUUGAUACAGCCAUGACCGACUUCAUGAUGAAAUGGACCAACACAACAAAGGGCCGCCUCGCCUUCGAUGGUGUUCAGAAAGAGUUUGAGUGCUGCGGUGUGAAGAACUACACCGACUGGUUUGACAAGUCGCCCAACUUCAACCCCCCCAACACCACCCGGAACGUGCCUGGGUCCUGCUGCCUCAACGCCAAGACUGAAUUUGAUGUGAAGAACCCGAAUGAUACCUGUGGGCUGAAUGCUGACACCACCAAGAUUAACCAAGAGGGCUGUCUGUUGAAGCUGGAGGACUGGCUGGCUCACAACAUCCUCAUCAUCGGAGGUGCAGGGAUAGGAAUAGCCUUCAUACAGGUUGUUGGAAUCAUCUUUGCCUGCUGUCUGAUGCGCUCCAUCAAACAGGAGUAUGAAGUAGUUUGAGUCACGUCCAUCUCCAGACCUGCCUUCCUGAGAGAUUCAAGUUCCAGUCUUAUAUCCUAAGCUAUGGUUUUACGAGGCAGUAAAAGUUUAUUGACAUAUCUUUGCAAAUUGCUUACGUAGAAUUGUGUUGCUGUAAUUUUAGGGCUGAAGAAACAGGGCAAGAAGUAUAAUCAGAUUCAAUUUUGGUUGCUUUUUAUUAGAAAACAAAUGGUGUCCAAAGGUAGAACGUUGUUUGGAUGCCAAAAUUGAUAUCGGCCUUUCCUAUCAAACAUUUCAGAACAGUCAUACCAGAAGAUAAUGUUUCAUCCAAAUGAAAUUUUCAAAAUUACAUGUGCAAAGUGAAGCAGGAUCUAGAUUAGAUAAUAAUGUUACUGAAUAACCUGCAAAGUAAUAUUAGGUUACAUGUCAGUGACUUUUUUGACAUGAGGUUCAGAGGAUUCAAAUGUUUCUAUAAGAUUUUUUUGGCAUACUGUAAAUAAAGUACUAGUGCUUUUAAUUGCUCAGGGAAAACCAUAAUUGCAUUUUAGGAUCUUAAAUGGUAAAGGGACCAAAUAUUUUCCUGCCAAAGAUCGUCAGAUUUCAGCAUCAUAACUGAUUCACAUCUUCUCAUGUUUUCCCAGAAUUGUUGUUUGAAAGUGACAUUGCACAGGUUAUGUAUAAUGUGAUACCAUCACUAAUAAAGAGUUCUCUUGAUUUUUUAUCAAGACAAGUAACAAAAUAGUGUGUAUUGGUCAAGCCUGUAGCCGGGAUUUUGAACGGGGGGGGUUCUUCCCACUACUUGAGGGGACCUCGAGCGCGGAAGGCGUGAGGUUCCUAGGGGGGUCCGGGGGCAUGCUCCCCCGAAAAAUUUUGAAAAAUGAACCUUCUAAAAUGGCAUUUCGUGUGUUUUUGAGAGGAUUUCAAAGAAACAUCAGACUCAGAGAUAAAUUUUUGUUUCAUGACAAAGGUAGCAGUUUUUCUACGAUUCCAGUCUAUCUUUUCAAGAAAAAUCUUGGACCUUUAGAUAAAAAGUAGACCAAAAAGUGGACCUUUAGAUAUAAAGUGGACCAAAAAGUGGACCUUUGAGCCUUCUUCCGAACCCCCCCCUGGCUACGGGCAUGUUGGUGCAAUGUCAGAUGUAGCCAGACUGGAUGUUAGUUUUGAUACAGAAGAAUCAAAGAGGUUUGUACUAGUAUUUACAGUUGCUGUGCCAAAACUAAUGGUAUUUUAUAUCAAUGAAAGGUUGUAAAGGGACCACUGGACAUUAGGAGUGAUGCAGAAUAAAGGAGUAAAGAUAUGUCAGACAAAAACAGAGUCUGAGUACAUUCAUUAACAUUAAUAAUUAAUCCUGCUAAAACUGUCUUAGGCCACACCAAUUUGAUUUCUUGAUUAAUGGAUUUUUGUAGAAAAAUAAUGGAG